AUGUAUGGACUAAUAGUUGUCGGUAUACAAAAUUAUGUUGAAUCAGUUUAUGGUGAAGAUGUAUGGAUGCGUAUUCUUGAAAAAUCCAAUACAGGUUUAUUAACCUUUCAAACGCAUAAUAUUUAUUCUGAUACAGUACCGGAACGUUUAUUUUUAGCAUUUAGUCAUGAAACUGGUGAAAGUAUUGAAAAUGUAACUUAUGAAACUGGAUUGUCAUUUGCUGCAUUUACAUCAGAUUAUGGUUAUGAAAAUCUACUACGUGUACAAGGAAGAGAUUUUAUUAGUUUUUUGCACAAUUUAGAUAAUUUACAUGAAUAUUUACGUUUAUCAUAUCCAAAUAUUCGGCCACCAUCAUUUUCUGUUGUUAAAGCGACAAGUGAUUGUAUACGUUUGAAAUAUUCCACAAAACGUAAAGGCUAUACACAUUAUGUUCGUGGACAAUUAAUUACAUUGGCUAAACGUUUAUAUAAUCUUGAUAUUAAAGUAAUAUUCAUUGAGACGAAUAUUAUUGACAGCGUUUAUCAUACUAUUUAUGAUAUUUAUGCAUUAAAUGGUAAACGAUGGAUUGAUCCACAAAAAUGUUACAUACAAAAACCAUUAGAUAGUUGGGGUGAUACAAUUUCUAGUAAUGUAUUUUUUGAUAUAUUCGCUUUUUCGUUAUUAAUAACAAAUCGAAUGAAAAUUAAACGAGCUGGUAUAUCAUUUCGUAAGUUAGAUCCAUCUCUUGAAGGUUCCGAUUUUAAUGAAAAGUUUCUAUUAUUUAAACCACAUAUUCAACCAAAUUUAGAAGAAGUAAGUUUCAGAAGAAUUUUGUAA